AGUUUGUAAAAUCAAUUUCAGAAACUGGUGACUGAAAUAUAAAUUUGUUUGAAGGGGUUGCGCCGCCGUCCCACCUUCGACGUUGAGCCUUCUGAGGCCGUAACCCUCUGCCAACAGGUACUCUUCCCUUUGCUCUCAAGUACUACUCAACUUAGCAUCUGUUGCACAAGCACCAGAGCCUCCCUCUCUUACGCAUUCUCUAUCUCCCUCUGCUUUAGCUUACUUCUAUUUGGAUUCAUUAAAUUUGAAUACCUUUCGUUAUAUGUUAUGAAAUUAUAGUUCGUGAAUACUGUUAAAAAGUUUUGUCAACUUUAAUUUUGUUUAUGAACGUCAAAUGCAAGGGAAGAGCUAUUCAUCCUAAUAAGAGUGUUUCAAUUAGAUUGUUGCUGUUCUUUUGCCCUAAUUUAUAUUAUUUGUUUUGCUAAGUUUAAUUCUAGUGCAACUUCAAUUAAAUUGUUCACUAUUUCUCCCUUCGCCAAGUUGUUGCCCGACAAACACAAAUGAUUGGACUCAUUGGUCUGAGUUUGGAUUAUGCUACACGUCUUGUGCUUAUUAGUAGUUGAAUUUCCAUUAUUUGCCAAAUGGACCAUUAGUUUGUGCGUGCUAUCUUUAUGUGUAACAGUUGUUCCCUACGCGCAACAAAGAUGGCAGAUUCAAUUUGUAGAUCACUGAGGGAUGGAGCAUUAGAGGGAGAGCUAGCGCCUACACUCACAAUCAAGGAUUCGCUCGCUUCACCUUUUGGCUUCCAUGUAUUUUCUCACAUUCUACUUCAACUCUCAUCACACGUCAUGGCACAAAAAUCUCAGUCACUUGGUAUAGUAAUUGUUGCACUUUCUCGAAGUCCAUCAUCUUAUUCUGCUUUGUUAAAGAUGAAGGGAGUAGAUGUUGCUGCUUCUAACAAAUGGAUUCACAUUUUGGAUUGUUAUACAGAUCCUCUUGGUUGGAAGGAUAAGAAUAGGAAAUCUAGAAACGUUACAGAUCCUUCUCACCAAAUUUCACUUGCUACUAGUUCUUAUAAAACCGUGAAGGAUAUGGAAAAGUUGUUUUCGGUAAUUACUGAACUGGGCAGAGGAUUGGUUGGAGAAAAUAAAGCCCGUUUCUGUGUUGCCAUAGACUCUCUAAGUGAGUUGUUGAGGCAUGCAUCUUUGCAGUCAGUUGCAGGCCUUCUUAGCAAUUUGCGUAGCCAUGAUCAAAUUUCAAGUAUUUUUGGAUUAUUGCAUUCUGACCUUCAUGAGGAAAGGGCUGCAGCUGUUCUUGAGUACAUGUCCUCCAUGGUGGCCAGUGUAGACCCGUAUCAUCAUUCUGCAGAUGGUCAGAGAGGAUAUUUAGAAUACUCCGCAUCUGAGCAAAACUUUACUAAAGGAAAAUUUAAUGUCAGGUUCAAACGCAGAAAUGGGCGAGUUAGACUAACGUAUGAAGAAUUUAAAGUUGAACCUGGAGGAAUCAGCUUUUCGUCUGUUUCAUCAGUAGACGGAACAGCCAUUGCAGGCCUACUGCCAAAGGUACAAUUCAAUCUCCAGCUAUCAGAGAAGGAGCAAAUUGAUAGGGCAAAGGUUGUGCUUCCUUUUGAACACCAGGGAAAUGGUAGACCGAUACAAAUUUAUGACGGUAGAAGAUCCCUUGAAGAGAGCAGCAGUGAGGCAACACCCAUUUCAAGCGGUAAAAAGGAGGAUUCUGCCAUGGGUGAGAUUAUAUAUUUUCGUGAUUCGGAUGAUGAGAUGCCAGAUUCUGAUGAGGACCCGGAUGAUGAUUUAGAUAUAUGAAUAUACUCAUAUGUUUGAUAACUUUGGUGACAUGAAGGAUAGUUUAGGUUUAUAACUAAACAAAAUUAUAAGAAAAAAAAAAGGCCGAUACUGUUUAAUUGCUCUCAAAAGUGAAAUGCAGUGGGAUCGCGUUCCAACGUUUUGUACAGCCUACUGAGGAACCUAAUAUGGAUGAUUAUGCGAACGUUUCUGACCACUGCUCAGUCUCUACAAUCCUUAUUGUUGCUUCAACUGGCAAUAGAACUGUUGACAUGAACGGAAAACAAUACCUCACGUGUGGAAAGCCCUCCUCUAUGUACCCCAUAGCAAUUUGAAUCAUUCAAUGCAUGCUUUGCUGAAUUUCAGACCCUGCAUGUUAAGGAUUGAUGUAAACUACAUCCCAAUUACUUUUAUUGGGGAUUUGAAAUCCAAACAUCUUUG